CUCUGUACAUUCAUAUCUUUCAAGGAAACGAAAACCGAAUCACUGGUCGAAUCUCCAGUGAUUCUUGUUUUUCAUUCCUUGUUGGAAUAUAUACAUAUUUCAUGGCGUCCAUUUAUAGCAUCAGGAUGUCAAUUCUCCUGCUCUCCCUGUUAUAUUUAGUUGCACUGCUGCCUAAAUCCAACGCAAAAAUUGCAGAAAUGGAUGAGUAUCUCAGAAAAAAGGCUGAGCAAUCCCAUGUUGAAUAUAUCAAGGCUUAUGUUCCCAACCCUGAGGCUGUUACUGAGGAAAUCAGUGAAGAAGUUGGAGAGACAAUGGUGCACCAUAUCACCAAGAGGAGGCACCUCCAGGAAGGUGGCAACAAGGCUACAAACCCCAUCGACCGUUGCUGGCGCGGCGACCGCAACUGGGACCAGAACCGGAAGAGGCUCGUGGACUGCGUCCUCGGCUUCGGCCGCCACACCACGGGAGGAAGGGACGGGGAUUUCUACGUCGUCACCGACAACUCCGACGACAACGUCUACAACCCUAGGCCGGGCACCCUCCGGCACGCGGUCAUCCAGACGGAGCCCCUGUGGAUCAUCUUCGAACACGACAUGCUGAUCACCCUCAAGCAGGAGCUCAUCUUCGCCAGCGACAAGACCGUGGACGGCCGUGGCGCCAAAGUCCGCAUCGCGUACGGGGCCGGUUUCACGAUCCAGUUCGUCCACAACGUGAUCAUCCACAACAUCCGGAUGGACAACAUCGUCCCGGCCUACGGAGGCCUGAUCAGGGACGCUGUCAACCACAUCGGCCUCCGCACCAUAAGCGACGGCGACGCCAUCUCCAUCUACGGCUCCAACAACAUCUGGAUCGACCACGUGUCCCUCUCCAAAGCCACCGACGGCCUCAUCGACGCCAUCGAGGGAUCCACGGCCAUCACCAUCUCCAACUGCAAAUUCAACAACCACAAUGCUGUGAUGCUUCUUGGAGCACAUGAUAGUACUACUGAAGACAAACUGAUGCAAACAACAAUUGCAUUCAACCGUUUUGGUGAAGGUUUGGUGCAGAGAAUGCCGAGGUGCAGAUGGGGUCUAUUCCACAUCAUCAACAACUACUAUUCCCACUGGCAGAUGUAUGCCAUCGGCGGCAGCGCCAACCCCACUAUUAUCAGCCAGGGCAAUCGAUACAAGGCUUCAGACAACUCCAACACCAAGCAGGUGACCAAGAGGGAGUACUCUACUGAGGAGGAGUGGCAGAAUUGGCAGUGGCAAUCCGAAGGCGACGUGUUUGUGAACGGAGCCUACUUCAAAGCUUCUGGACCGAAGAUCAAACACAACCAUUGGAGUGUUGCUACAAAGAGGCACAUGAUGAAGUUCAGGCCAGGCUCGUAUGCAGGCAGGCUAUCGCGAUAUGCAGGCGUCCUCAAGUGCGUUGCAGGGAAACUGUGUUGAUCGGGGAGGUAGUAGGAGAAUUGUACAUCUGUAUCCAUCACAUGUAUGACGUCUGAAAAAUAUUUCAAUAAACGCUAACUUUGUUUGUCAAACAA